AUGAUACGGGCUUUCCCCUCCAGCCGGGUGUCUGUGUACAGCAUACCAGCUCCAUACGACUCUGAGCAGACUGCAAGGCAGGAAAGUCCGCAUGUUCGCUACUGUUCGUCCUACCAAGAAGGCUUGUGUCAGAAGCACUGUUUCUUCAAAAGGAUGAGGUGGUGUUUCUGGAGAAGAUGGCUUCUAGGAAUACUACCUAUGGUUUCUUUAAUAGUUACAGUAAUCGUGCUAGUCCUGCACUAUUCGUUCUCUUCGACUUUUUCUUUAAUUUAUAUUGGUGGAAGUGUAGAAAUUCCUAAUUUGACUUAUACAAACGACCUCAAUGAUCCAAAGUCACAGAAAUUCCUCCUGCAAGCAGAAGCAGUCCAAAAUUAUUUUGCAGAAUCAUAUAAGUCUUCCUCCUUGGGAAAGUACUACUUGAAGUCUGUAGUGGCUGCCUUCAGUGAAGGAAAGUCUGGACUUCGAGCUUACUACUGGAAUACAUUCUGGGCACCGCAAGAUAUGGUUGCUUCUCUUAAAAAAUUAACCCCAGUGGGACAAAAAGAAAUCAGUAGUAAACAAGCAGCUCACAUGGUCAGUUCUUCUGGGAAGGAAGAUUUUGAUCUUGUUACAAUGGAGCUUUUUGUUUCAGAUUCCACAGAAUAUGAUGUGAUGCUAAAAUCAGCAGUAUCCUUUGACCUGUAUGCCAAGCCAGGUAGCAACAGGACUCUAACUCUGAUGAAUCCCAAAAAGUCUUUUUAUCAAUGGAGGCUGCGAGUUCCUUCUAAUUGUGUGGUGAGACUGGUAGUUAUCACUUUGCAUGGUGUCACUCCAGAGAGCUGUGCAUCACACCACUUAUCAGCAUAUGAUUUCCUUCUUCCUCUGCAGAACAAGAUCAUUACAAGAUGGUGUGGACAUGGGGCCUGGGCUCCUGUUGUACGUUUAACUUCGUCAAGUAAUGUAAUGUUGCUUACCUUCUCGUUGGACCGAAGAGAAGAAAGCAACAUAUUAAAAGCUCACUUUCAAGCCAUUCCUAAAAUCAUGUGUGGUGGUCAUUAUAUUUCCUGGAAUGGGACACUGAGUUCCCCUUACUACCCAAGUUAUUACCCUCCCAACAUUGACUGCAGCUGGAUCAUCAGAGCACCAUUGCCUGGCUACAAGCUCUCAUUAAAAAUCCUCAUAAUACAAAUUCAAGAGAAGUCUCCAGGGUCCAGUAAAUGUGAUAAAGACUGGUUAGAAAUCGAUGGAGUUAGAUAUUGUAAAGCUCUUUCAGAAAACAACAGAAACAGAGAAUAUGGUUAUUCUGUUGCAAUCAACUUUCAUUCCGAUGAACUGGUCACCCAUAGAGGGUUUUAUAUUGAAUACAAAGCCUUCAGUCACACAGAUCGUUGUAAUUCAGAACAGUUGAACUGUGGUGAUGGGAAUUGUAAGCAUCAGUAUAAGACCUGUAAAGAUGAUGACAGCUGUGAAGAGGACAGUGAUGAAAACAACUGUUCCUACAAAAGUUGCUCCCCUUAUGCAUUCAAAUGCCUCGACGGAAAAUGCUUGUUGAAACCAAAUCCUGAGUGUGAUGGGAAAAGAGACUGUGCAGAUGGAUCUGAUGAAAUGAACUGUGCUUGUGGGAGACACCAGCUUAAGAAAAACAGAAUUGUUGGAGGUGAAGAUGCAAGAUCUGGAAAGUGGCCUUGGCAAGCAAGUUUACAGAUGGGAGUACACGGCCAUAUAUGUGGUGCAUCUGUUAUCUCCAAUAGGUGGCUCAUAUCUGCUGCACAUUGCUUCCUGGAUUCUGGUUCUGUGAGAUACUCUGUUCCUUCAGGAUGGAGAGCAUAUAUGGGCUUAAAUGCUAUUAAUGAAAAGACUAAUCGUGUAGCUGUGAGAUCUAUCAAAAGGAUUAUUGUCCACCCACACUAUGACCAAUCUACCUUAGACUAUGAUGUUGCCCUGUUGGAAAUGGAGACGCCUGUAUUCUUCAAUGAGCUGGUACAGCCCAUUUGUUUACCCAGCACCUCUAGAGUAUUUGUUUAUGGAAGUGUCUGCUAUGUAACUGGCUGGGGAGCCAUAAAAGAAAAUAGUCAUCUUGCCAAAACACUGCAGGAAGCUCGAGUGAGAAUAAUUAACCAAAGUGUUUGCAACAAGCUGUAUGAUGAUCUUAUCACAUCACGUAUGCUGUGUGCUGGGAAUCUUAAUGGUGGCAUUGAUGCAUGUCAGGGAGAUUCUGGAGGUCCCUUGGCCUGCACAGGAAAAGGGAAUAGAUGGUACCUGGCUGGCAUUGUGAGCUGGGGUGAAGGAUGUGCUCGGCGCAAUCGUCCUGGUGUAUACACUAAGGUGACAGCACUUUAUGACUGGAUUCGUACGAAUACAAACUGA